AUGGUGACUCCGAGGAUUUUCCUCUUGCUGCUGAUUCUCAGAUACACUCAGACCAAUCCCAUUAUGUUUGACGUUUUCAUGCCGUCAGACGAGGAGUUCACCUAUCCACUUGAAUUUAACUUCAAAGCACAUCAAAUCAAGUUUGGCUCAGAAUCCGUAACUCCAUGCGGGUCAACACGUACUGCACAGUGCUACACGGAGUCCGUGGAUACAAAGCUCCAGCUCACGCUCAAACUCAAAUCAGACACGUCCGUUCUUAGUAUAGUACCAAACAAUUCGUCUGCCAGUCUGAAAGCCACAUUCCGUCUGUGUCCUGGGGUCGGCCGCUCGGGCAGAUGUUCUGCGACCGACCUCUCGGACGGUGGUUCUGCUAUCGGCCACUCUGGCGGAAGCUCCAAUGCAAAUGCUUAA